AUGUCGAAUGCCGCCGCUCCUAAUUUUUUUACCAUCGUCUCGGAGUACGUGGAUCACAUGCUCCCUGCAGACAACACGAUGAAGGUCCUUCUUGUAGACGAGGCCACACUCAACGUCAUGUCGAUGGCCUGCUCACAGACGCUGCUCCUCAAAAAAGGGGUGUUUCUCGUCAGUCGCGUCGACGAGCACCGUCAGCGGAAGGUGAUGAAGGGCAUGCGCUGCAUUGUUUUUAUUCGACCGCAGAUGUCAAGUGUGGAGGCUGUCGCUGAAGAACUUCGGGCCGCCAAGUACGAAAGUUACGCCAUCCACUUCAGUAACGCGGCCAGUCCGGAGCUGUUGGACUGCCUCGCCCGGGCGGAUGUGGACAGUCUGGUGACUCGCGUUAGUGAAGUCUUCUGUGACUUUGAGGCUCACAACGCCGACGCAUUUGUUUCUGUAGUUUCACCAAGAGCUUUGCUUCCGGCCUUUCUAAGCGCAGCUGCGGUACAGCGCGUUGCGGAGGGCAUUGCUGCAACCUUUUUAGCGUUGCGUCGGCGACCACAUGUACGUUUCCAUCAGAACAACGCGUUUGCCCGCCGAGUGGCACUAGAGUUGGGGGACAUUCUUAGCAAAAAUGCGGAGCUGUACAACUACAAAAACAAAGACAGUCUGCUGCUUAUUCUCGACCGCAGCAGCGACGUCCUUACACCGCUUCUGACGCCGUGGACGUAUCAGGCCAUGUUGCAUGAAUACAUUGGCAUGCAGCAUAAUCGUCUUCAGUUUUCGGACGCGACUGUGAACGAGGAAUAUGUCUUCUCACAGCAGGACGACCCUUUCUUUGCGGCAAACAUGUUUGCGAACUGGGGUGUUCUCUGCAACAAUGUCAAGACGUAUGUGGACAAGUGCAAGGCAACGCUGAAUAUUGAUCGUUCGACGGCGACAAUGGAUGAGAUCAAGGAAUUUAUGCAGAGACUGCCUCAAACCAAAAGCUUGACAGGCUCGGUAACGAAGCAUGCCACGGUGGUGUCGCAUCUCUCCUCCAUUAUCAAACAACGAGGACUACUGGAUGUUUCACUUCUAGAGCAGGACAUGGUUGCAUCUUCCAAUGCAAGUGACCACUGGAACCGUCUCCAGUCCUUUGCGGCCAAACGGCAUAGUGGCGGUGUGGAGGCCACGGACCUUUUCCGUCUCUGCCUCAUCUACCACCUGCGAUACGAAAAGCCCGGUCAGAACUCACGGGUAUCCACGCUCUUAGAAGAAAUCGAUCCACAAAAGGCGAGUUGCCUGCGAAAACUCGACCAGUACUCUGGGGAGCGUUCCACAGACGAGUUGUUUGGCGCAACCGGCGUUAUGGCGUCUAUCGUAAAGACUUUUGUAGAUGUGGGGAACAUUUAUACGCAGCAUGAACCCGUGUUGAAGCGAACCCUGUUGCAGCUCUUCAGUGGUCGACUUCCUAUUGAUCAGUAUCCGUACCUUACGCCACCUCCCACGUCCGCUGCGAACAGUUCCCAGACGCAACAGCAGUUCAGCUUCAGACCAAAAGAAGUUGCUGCAUUUAUAUGUGGUGGAUUCACUUACGAAGAAGCCGCCUUGGUGAAUGCAAUCAAUGCGGGGACGGCGUUUACCGGCUCCGUUGCCAACAACCUUCACCAAGGGGGAGUGCGUGCCUCCAUUGGUGGAACUGCCGUGCUGAACAGUGAGAUGUUUCUCAACAUGUUAUCCACCCACCCAUGA